AGUUAAUGGGCUCAGAACGAAAGCCCACCCAAGAAUGGCAGCUCCAUGUCUCGGGGGAAAAAAAAAAAAAAUUAUGCUCGUAGGGUUUGAGGAUUUUUGAAUCUAUCCCCCAACUCCAAGGUUACUUCCAAAGUUCCAGUCCUCCCAGCUCCAGCCAAAACCUCGGUUUGUUUGAAUUUGACUUCCCCGUCCAAAACCAAAAUACAAUGGCCGCCUUCGCCGCCGCCGGAAGAUCCUUUUUCCGCUCGUCGUCCUCCGCUCGCAAUGCGGCGGCCCGUUUUGCUUCUCAAACCAAGGCCACCCCAAAAUCCUCUCCAGCUUCCUCCUUUAGUGCUUCCGCCAACAAGCCUCUCUCUCGACCUGCCUUCAGAUUUCCAGUCGAGAUGAGCUCUGCUGUGGAAUCCAUGUUGCCUUACCACACUGCCACUGCUUCAGCACUGAUGACCUCGAUGCUUUCCAUCUCUCAGCGCAGUUAUGGUUGGCUUCCCGAAGGUAUCUAGCAACGUUUGCCUCCUUCCUUGAUGUUCUUUUCUUCCUUUUGGCUUAAUGGACGAGUCAAGACUAGAUGAUCAAGGAGAAGCAAAGAUGUAAUGACUUGGGUUUAGUAGACUAUUGAACUCUUAGAAAGUUAGGCAAAAUUGGCAUAUCAGAUGUAAAGUGUCAAACUUUGGGUUUAGUAGACUAUUGAACUCUUAGAAAGUUAGGCAAAAUUGGCAUAUCAGAUGUUUAGUGAUUGAAGUUUUGGAAAAAUACAUGGCUAAUAUGUUUUGCUGUAAGAAUCUUAAAUAAAGCCGAUAUUGCCGUCUUUAGAUUGUGAAAUUUUGAGGAGAACUUUUUGUUUCACAGUGUGCAUUUUCCCUUUAAUAGUCAAAUCCAUUCAAAGAUUGAAGGAUCUUGUACAUGUGGAAAAUAGUCUUUUUGUGGCUUGCUAUAAUACCGGGUGCAGGUCUUGUGUCAAAAGAUGUGUUUUGAAAUUAAGAUGGCCGAUAGUGCUCUGAUGAUGUGCUUGGGUCUCUCUUGGCUCUUUGGAAUCACUCUGCCUCUUGGGGGGCAGUUUCUUGUUCUUCCUUAGCAGUACGAUGGGGGUUCAAAUUGUCAUCCGAAUGGUUUGAUGUUGUUAUAAGACCAUCUAUCGGAUGCCUGAUUAGUUGGUAGAGUGACUGAUAGUUGUGUCAACUCGUUUACUUGCAGUUAUAAAUUGUACUUGGGUGUUCUUCAUUAAGUACUAGUUUGAAAGGAACCAACCUGACUAUUUUCCUUCCCAUCAGCUUGCAAUGACGAUGUGUGAUGAAUAUUCAGAGGAUUCAAGCAACUUUAAUGCAAAUAGACAUUUAGAAGUUCUGAGUGAGCCUGGAGGGGCGAGUUGGAUUGUGUGAGUUUCCAAACCCAGAUAAUAAGUUGCUCUCAGUACCCCAAAGAUACCACUGACCUUUUUGAGUUUCGCAUUUAGAAUGUUGAUGUGGACAGAUGUAUUAGUGCUGAUGGAAUUCAUUCUUAAUCUUCACCUUUCUGUUCUUUUCUUGCCAAGCAUUUUCAUUAUUCUGUUGCUGGUUUCACACCAAUGGACAUACUAAUUAAUCUUUAUACAUAACCAGUUUGCAAUGAUGAUGUAUGAUGAUGAAUGUCAAAUGGCUUCAGAAGAAGUUUCGUUGGGGAAUCCUUUUCGAGUGUUCACUGAGCGCCCUAGAAAUGGCACCAGGGGAUUUUAUCGGAUUGAUGUUAUUAUCUGUGUAGUAGACUAGAAGGCAAACGAACAUAACUGUGAGGAGCUAAUGCACUACUCUUCUUCGAUGUUUUCUUUUAUUUAGUAGU